CCCCUGGCAGCAGCAUGGCGGCCUUGUCGCUUUUCCCAAUUCUCUGGAAAGCGCUGCUGGUUUCUUGGGGCAUUUGAUCAAGUGAUGAGCUAGCGUUGUUUCUCAUUGUUGUAUGAUUUCAUGCUUUGACAUUUUUGGCUCAUAUUCGUGGUUGAAAGAAAGAAAUCUUGCCAUGGCAGCUCCUCCAAGAGAUGACCCCUGGAGGGCCGUCGACAUGAUCAACCAGUCACCCCCCGUCGACUGUUCCAAGCCCUACGACACAUCCACCCUGGCCGACAAGACUAUCCUCAUCACAGGCGGCGCGUCUGGCUUCGGCGCAGCCUUCGCCCGCCACUGGGCCCGCUAUGGCGCCCAUCUCAUCAUCGGCGACGUCAACGAUCGCGCAGGCGAGGAACUCGUCGCCGAGCUGCGUUCAUCGUCAAGUCCAAACCAGCUCAUCCUCUACCAGCAUUGCGACGUGACCUCGUGGAGCGACCAGCUUGCUCUCUUCAAGGCCGCCGCGUCCUUAUCCAAGACCAAGUCCAUCGACGCCGUGGUAGCCGGCGCAGGAAUUGUCGAGAGGGGCGACCCAGUCACGCCGUCAGCCACCUCCACCGUCUUCGACCUCCCGCACGCGCUAGACUCCGACACCACCACCACCCCACCACCCCCGCCCCUCAAGGUUCUGGCUGUCAACCUCACGGGCGUCAUGUACACGACCCACCUCGCCCUCUACUACCUCCCACUCAACGCCCACGGCGACCGGCACCUCCUCCUCAUCAGCUCCAUCGCAGGUCUGGUGCCGCUGGCCGGGCAGACAGAGUACACCGUCUCCAAGCACGCCGUCAUAGGCCUGUUUCGCGCGCUGCGCGGGACGGCGUGGACAAAGGGCAUCCGCGUCAACGUGCUGACGCCCUACUUUGUCGACACGCCGCUGCUCCCCACGCCCGCGCUGGCGCUGCUAGCGGGCGGCGCCAAGGCUGAACUGGAGGAUGUAGUUGAUGCCGCGACCCGGCUGAUGGCGGACGAGGGGAUACGCGGCAGGGCGCUGCUGGUGGGGCCCGAGAUGAGGGUUGUUGAUGAGGAGGAGCGGGGAGAUGGGAGAAGGUUGCGGAUGGUGGAGGGCGAAGGGAGGCAAGAUGGGGAGAGGAGGCAGGCGGUUUGGGAAAUUUAUGGGCAUGAUUAUGAGCGAGUUGAGACCUUUGUGUGGAGGUACUUGGCUGUGUUGAACGUCAUGAGGGGCAUUAGGGGGUGGGUGGGAUUGGUGAGGGAUAUGUUGGGGAUAUGUUUCGGGAAGAGAAAGAGGGGAUAGAGGGCUUAGCCGGUUGGUCGUGGGAUGCCUUGGACUUCUGGGGGCUAUUAGACUGCUUGGGGCAUGAUAAAAGCGGAGCGUGUGUUUUGAACCUAGCAUCCUCGCACUUUGCAUCGUGCGAUUUGGGCCUUCGUUGCUCCGAAAUAGUCAUUCCCAUGCGCCCCCUGUAUUUCCCUCUUGACGGCUUUCAUGCAUCAUACAAAUUUACGCCCAGCGCGGCAGCCUUCUUCUACCCCAUCUAUCUCAAACUCCUUAUAGCACACUCAGUACCGUCAAGCAACCUUACCAUUUCUGGGGUAGGUUGCAAAGUGACAGGAACAUCAAUUUAUGUCUGGACCAGAUCACGGUCGUUUACUCACAUCACGCCUUGCCACCAUAUGAAGCUGCAAUA